AUGGAAACGUCUUCUCAACGGCGGAAAGCCUGCGAUCUCUGUUUUAUCAAGAAGAUCAAAUGCGACAUGCUCAAGCCCGCAUGUUCGAACUGCCUGCUUUACAAGUCAGAAUGCCGGACAACAACGGUGAGGCGAAGAGCACCUCACCCAAAAGAACGACCACAGCCUCCAAAACAGAGCGAAUCUGAAAACCCAACGAAAGUCUCCGAGUUAGAGAGCCGUCUAGCGAGCAUAGAGAAGCAAUUGCAGCAAGCCCUCGACGCCAACCGUCAACACUCCAAUUAUACCUCAACCCAGCCUUCAACAGCACCGAGCUCAACCGAGAGUAUCAAUGGACGUGGGCAAUCGGCAGAGAGCAUCGAGUUCGUGGACCAUGUGUCCAGCAGCGAGAGCCCAAGUGAAUGGGUGACGGAGCCCGAGAAGCCCAAAUUACCACCGCUCGAGGAGAUCAUGCCCAUCAUCGACGAGUUCUUCAACCGCUACAACUGCGUCAUGCCGCUGUUUGACCCGCCAACGUUCAUGCGCAUGUUGUCAAAUUGGUAUGUGCCCUCUUCUGGGCAGUCCACGGCAGUAUGGGCAGCAGUCAACAUCGCAAUGGCGCUAGGGUAUCGAUGCACUUUAAAAGAGCAAGGUAAUUUGGAUGCUCUGGUGGACGACCAAAAAGUAAUGUACCACAUGCGCAACGUACAAUCUGUCGUGUCCGAUCUGGUCACGCGGGAAGAAGAUCUCCUUGGCCUUCAGGUCUUGUUGGGAAUGGUGGUGUUAUUCUUGGGGACGAAAGACCCAAAGCCAGCUUCGGUCCUGAUCGGGACUGCCGUGCGUCUGGCACACCGCAUGCACCUCCACGACAAGGAAUCGCUUCAGUACUUCUCGCCGGAAGUUGCCCGACAAAGAGCAAGGCUCUUCUGGAUCACUUAUAUUAUGGACAAGGAAAUCAGCUUAAAGUCCAAGACGCCGUCAUUUCAGCUUGACGUAGAUAUCGACUUGCCACUACCAGAAAGAGACCCGGAAGACGGAGCAGGCAUAGUGUUUGCGAGAAACGGCAGCAAAUUCAACUACUUUCGAGCUCGGGUGGAGUUGAGUCACAUUGCCGGCAAGGUCUAUGACCAGCUGUACAGCACGCGCGCUCGGAAAGUGUCGCAGCAAGAUCGACAACUAAGAGUGACAAGGCUCGAGGAGAUGCUGGAGAACUGGCGGCGUAAUCUACCGCCUGAAUUCCAGAUAGACUCGGCACUCCAAUGUCUCGAUUCCCUGCCGAUAGUCCACAUGUCGCUCCUCUACCACAGCUACUUCACGGCGAUGGUGAUGACACAUGGGAUCUACUCGCACGACGCGGACUGGGUCCGACGAAUAAGCUCGUACAGUCAGAUGACGAUCAAGGAUUUAGAUUCGUCUCCGAGCUCGUCAUGCAGACAUCAAAACCCCCCUCUGCCGCUCGGGUGGGCCAAGUGCGCGGAGCUCAGCCGCAGUUGCAUGAAGCUGUUCGUGGAGUCGCCCAAGACGGACUGCAGCAUCUGGUCCAACUCGUGCGCGCACUUUUCCGGCCUGAUCAUUCUCCUGGCCAACAUGUUUGUGUUCCCGGAUCACCCACACCUGAUGACAGACAACGAGCUAGCCAACCAGGCACUCCGGCUUUUCGAGCUGAUGCUGUCGAUGAAGAGUUACGAAGACUAUGAGUCCUUUCAUAGACUGCAUGAAGUCGUCAAGGAGCUCCAUCGGCGUGCGUUGAAGGCUGUGGAGGAGGUUACGAGAAAACAAAAGGAGCGGGCAGAAGCAGCAGCAGCAGCAGCUUCGGCGAUGGAUACCGGCUUACCGUUUGGGGCUCAGCUCGAGGACGAAGUGGAAUUCUUCCGAGAUGCCGAGGCGGCAGCCUUGGAGGGGCCCUUCGUUGGAACGUUUGUGCCGGCAUCACCGUUUGCGACAACAUCGUGGGGUUUGGAAGCGUUGCAGAGCGAGGUAGGCCAGGUGCCGUCACUGGCAACGUACAGCCCUUUCUAG